AUGACCGGUAUCGAAACAUUACUCAAUGAACUUCAAGGGCUCUCGCUCGGCGAAAUAGAUCCAACUACCACGACGACGUAUCACACACCGUGUGUGACUACGGCGGACUCGAACCACGCUUUGAAGCAGCAAUACUUAACGCCAUCUGCACAGUUGCCAUGGGACUUACUCGAUGUACUCCAGGAGCUCCCUUCCGCAGACAAAACGCCGUUCUAUGACAUGUUGGUGAAGGCACCAGCGCCACUCGCACGCACCGCGAUGCGCUUCAAACGUGCGGGUCUCCGCGGACAGAUCGCACACUACGAGGAAACGCUCACGGUGGGGGCAACCGGAACUGCACAAGAUUCGAUGAGUUUCGGUAGGCAGACGGCAAGCAAGAGUGAUGCAUUGCGUGGGAAAUCGAGCUUUCUUCCGUUCGCGCCCGGCGGCUUCAGUCUCAGCACGCGCGACGACGCUGCGCUGUUGCAUAAGGACCAUGACGGGUUGUUCAACAUGCCACAGGGCUUAUCACGCGGAUUGGAUAUUCAGUCGCUGGAAGCGACUGCGGAAAUUGUAGAUAUUGUCGAAGAAAAUGAGGAGACGGAUGCUACUCCGGUGGCCAAGAUGGAAGUUAUUCCUGAAUUGGAGGUUACGGGAAUCUCUGAAAUCGAUGAGAUCCUUCCGAUCAGUAUCAAUGUUGCGGCGUCGCAGCUCACCGCAUCGGUAAACGCGCAGAAAUCGUGGGCGCAUGUGGUGGAUUUGGACCACAAGUUAGAGAACUUCCGUGACUUGGUGCCGCGCAUGGCGCGCGAGUGGCCGUUCGAGUUGGACACGUUUCAGCAGGAGGCGGUCUACCACUUGGAGCAAGGCGACUCGGUGUUUGUGGCCGCGCACACCUCUGCCGGGAAGACGGUUGUCGCGGAGUAUGCGAUCGCCAUGGCAAACCGCAAUAUGACUAAAGCUAUAUACACUUCACCGAUCAAGGCUUUGUCAAACCAGAAAUUCCGCGAUUUCAAGCACGAUUUCAAGGAAGUGGAUGUGGGGUUAAUCACGGGAGAUGUCCAAAUUAACGCCGAGGCAAACUGCUUGAUCAUGACGACUGAAAUUUUGCGCUCAAUGUUGUACCGCGGCGCGGAUCUCAUCCGUGACGUCGAGUUUGUCAUCUUUGACGAGGUUCAUUACGUAAAUGACAUUGACCGCGGGGUCGUGUGGGAGGAGGUGAUUAUUAUGUUGCCCGACCAUGUCAAGUUUAUUUUGUUAUCUGCUACAGUGCCAAACACAUAUGAAUUCGCCAACUGGGUGGGCCGCACCAAGCAGAAGGAUAUCUACGUAAUUUCCACGCCGAAACGUCCGGUUCCGUUAGAGAUCUUUGUGUGGGCCAAGGGAACGUUGAUUAAGGUGGUUGACGCACAAAGACGGUUUUUGGAUAUGGACUUUAAGAAGCACAAGGAAUUGUUAAAACCACCGAAGGAGGUGGGCGGUGGAAGCGGUACUCGUGGCGGCGUGGCCCGUGGUGGUGCUCGCGGGGGCAGUCGUGGAGGCCCCGCCGCGCGUGGGGGGCGUGGAGGCGCUGGCGCGCGCGGUGGCCGUGGAGGUUCUUCCGCUUCUUCUGCCCCACGUCCUGGCCAGCGUGACGGUCCGAACAAGGGUACCUGGCUCAACCUUGUCCAGUACCUCCGCGGUAACAAUCUCCUUCCCGCGGUCAUCUUUGUCUUUUCGAAAAAGCGUUGUGAAGACUACGUCGACACUCUUUCCUCUGUUGACUUCCUCAAUGCACGCGAAAAGUCCGAGAUCCACAUGUUCAUCGACAAAGCAGCCUCACGCUUGAAGAAGGAGGACCGCGAAUUACCGCAAAUCUUGAAAGUGCGUGAGUUCUUGGGCCGUGGGAUCGCUGUACACCAUGGAGGCUUGCUUCCAAUCGUCAAGGAAUGUAUCGAGAUCUUGUUUGCGCGUGGGUUAGUGAAGAUUUUGUUCGCAACCGAAACGUUUGCGAUGGGAUUGAACUUACCGACCAGAACCGUUGUUUUCUGCGAGUUACGCAAGCAUGACGGCCGUGGGUUCCGCAACUUGUUACCGGGCGAAUUCACUCAGAUGUCGGGGCGUGCCGGGCGUAGAGGGUUAGAUGCGACGGGUACUGUCAUCGUAAUGAGCUACAACGAGCCGUUGGAAGAACCAGCAUUCAAGGAAGUAACGCUCGGAGUUCCGACUAAGCUUUCCUCCCAGUUCAGGCUCACCUACAACAUGAUCUUGAAUUUGUUGCGAAUUGAGGCGUUGCGCGUAGAGGAGAUGAUCAAGCGGUCGUUCUCGGAAAACAGCGCACAGGUGUUGUUACCAGAACACCAGAAGAACAUCGAGCUCUGUGAAGCAGAUUUGGCGCUAUUGCAGGUUACUCCGUGCGAGGAGUGUCAUUUAGAUGGGCUUGAAACCGUGCACGGGUUGUUUGUGGAGUACAAAGAAAUCAUGGGCAAGAUGGUUGGCGAGUCUUUGAGGCUCCCAAUGUUGCGUGCGCAGUUCAAGGUCGGACGUUUGCUUGUCUACAAGGAUGACAACGGUGUGAGCCGUCCUGGGUUCAUUGCACGUAUUGAUAACCACAAGGGGAUCUUUGUCCUCUUGACGUUUCAUCUUGGAGAAAAAGCCGAAAAUGAACAGACCUCCUUGCCAUAUCUUCCGGUGUUGCCAGACUAUAUCCGUAACUUCUUCAAGAAGAUCGAGUUCAACGGGAAUUUACACUUCGUGGAGGCACGCGCGGAUCAGAUCGAGUUCGUGUGCAACGUGUUUUUGAAGGUGACGAUGAACGCACUUAUCCAGAACCAGGCAGCCGCUCUUUCGGAGGCCCAGCAACAGAUUCAGGUCAUCCUCCGCUUCCAGCGCAAGUGGCCUGAGUAUGACUGGCACAAAAUCGCCAACGUCGCGUUGCACGACUUGGUCGCACGCAAGGAGGCGGUACUCCAGCAGAUCGUCGACAGCGACGCCAUUUACUGUGCACGCUUCAAACAACACUACAAUCAGCUCCAUCAGCAGCACCUCUUGCGUACCAAGAUCGCAUCGUUACAGACGUUGAUCAGUGACGAGAACUUGGACUUGUUACCCGACUACGAACAGCGUCUCUCAGUACUCAAGGAGUUGGCGUUUGUGGACCAGAGCUUGAAUGUGGUGCUCAAGGGCCGUGUUGCGUGUGAGAUCAACUCCGGCUGGGAAUUGAUCGUCACCGAGCUUGUAUUGGAUAACUUUUUGGGCGAUUUUGAGCCAGAAGAGAUUGUGGCGCUCUUGUCUGCGUUUGUAUACGAAGGGCGCACCCGGGAUGAGGAGAAUCCGCCAAUUACUCCCCGUCUUGAGAAGGGCAAGCGUCGGAUUCUUGAGAUCACCGAGAAGAUGUUGAACGUAUUUUCCGACAACCAGGUGGCAUUAUCAAGUGACGAGGAGGGUUUUUUGGAGAGCAAACGGUUCGCACUUGUUAAUGUGGUUUAUGAAUGGGCGCGCGGCAUGUCGUUCAAGGAGAUCAUGGAGUUGAGCUCUGAAGCCGAAGGGACAAUUGUGAGAGUGAUUACGCGGUUGGACGAGGUGUGUCGCGAGGUGAAAUCCGCAGCGUUGAUUAUUGGAGAUUCUGCAUUGCAUGCGAAGAUGACCGAGGCACAGGAGAAGAUUAAGAGGGAUAUUGUGUUUUGCGCGUCAUUGUACCUCUAGUGCGCGAGUGCAAAAUACGAGCUUGAACCAAGACUGGAAACAAGAAUUGCUGACAAGAACGAGUGCGAAGAUAAAGCACAAGCUCAAACCAGGUGAUGGAGAAGGCUGUUUUCUUGAACUCAGCUUGUUUAAGGUAAAUUUUAUUAUGGUGAUAGGGGUGAAUAAAUGAGUGCGUUACACAAUGUUGAGCGAAGUCAAGAACAGUCGUGUUUUAGGAAGUAUUUGUAAUUGCCUUAUACAAAAGAAAUGGAGUGCAAUAUCUUAAACUUGCUGUUGUAUGAUACGAUGGAAAUACAUCUUAAUAAUCACAUCUCAGGUAAUCCGGUUGUAUUGGUAAUUAAUGCUGCAAUUGCGAAGCCACUAUAAUUUCAACACCCUUUCAACCUCU